AUGCCGAUAUCAAGGGCAGCCGGCCUACGGACUACCGGCGUACUUCGCCUUUCCCAACGAUGCGCCUCUCCCCUUGCCCUCCCCCUCCGCUCGCAACCGAAUCAAUACCGGCACCAGACUCUGCCAGUGCCCGCCAAACUUUCGAUGAGUUACCAAUUCCGUUCGAAGUCAACAACGCUGCCGCAAGAUGGCCAGGAAGACUCGCCUAAACAAACCGGACAAACACCAAAGCCACACCCUUCUCUCAAGGGCGUGUUCUGGCAAAGCAUCAAGUCCGACACGGCCCGGGCUUGCCGCCAGUUCACGCGCUACCCCGAACCCGUGGCACAAGCUCUCCGAAAGGCGCUCUAUUUUAGCAACCACGACCCCAACCCGCAGCGCGCCCUCCAAUACUACAAACAGGCCCUCGAGCUCUGCGACCAGGAGGGGCUAGACCACUUCUCAGACGACGUCAUGGGCAUCAAGAUUCCAGGUGGGCUGCAUGGCUCGAGAAGAUCGAGAGCUACCAGAACGCCAUCAAAGAGUGCCGCAGAGGGGACGCUGCCGAAGCUGGAGCCGGCACCGGCUUCUGAAGAGGGGGAGUCUAGUGUUCCCGAGCAGCCACGUGAAGGCCUCGAGGCCAAGCGGACGAGGUUGUUGGCUAAGGCGUCAGCGUCAGCGUCAAGCUAG